AAUCCCACCCUUGCACACCCUCCACACACACACACACACACACACACACAUCCCUCUUUUUAUCCUGUUUGCUCACAUUUACCUGCUCAGACACAGACUUAGAGGGAUAUGGAGAAACUUGGAUUUAUGGAUAUCAUGUUUUAGAGUCUCACUGGUCUGCGAUCUGUAACAUACUCUUCUGUACCUGACGUUUACAUGGCUAAUGAUGUUCAUUACUAAAAGGGUAUCCUACAGGGCUAUAUUCCAUAUAAUCCUUUGAGCUUACACAGUGACCACACAUAACCAACCACCCACUCACCCUCCCAAAGACAAACAGACACACAGAGAGAGAGAGAGAGAGAGAGAGAGAGAAAGGCCAGCUUUAGGGAAAUACCAGCUACAACUGGUAUGUAGUUCCAGUCACAGAGGUCAAGAUUAUGAUGAAAUCUCAGAUUGGUAGGAAAGGGCUCAUUCAGACAUAGACACACAAACACACACAUUUCACUCUGUAAUAUAGAGUGAGUCACUCACAACUACAUUACACAAGCGCACACACACACGCACGCACACACACACGCGCACACACACACACACACACACCCGCACACACACGCACACACACGCACACACACACACACACACACACACACACACACAUCACCAUGUCCAUGCUCCUGCGCACCCCUGCACUCCACCACUUCCUGUCGUUGCGUCUGCUGGGCACUGCUGCCAGCCGGACUCUACCUGCGGAGCAGCCAUGUACUGUGACCUGCAGAGGUCGUGACCCCACGGAGGCAGCCCUGCUGACCUUUGAGGACCCCCAGGCCUUUAAGGUCAAGAGUGUGUGGGAGCUAGCCAGGGCUCUCACUGUCUUCCGCUUCUGCUCCUAUCCCCUGCUGGUCAACCACUGCGGCAAGCUCAUGGCUGUGGGUCGCACUAUGCUGGGCAGGCGAGGUUUCUCCUUGUUCGUCCGGCCCACCGUUUACGCUCAGUUUGUUGCCGGAGAAAACGAGAGUGAGAUCUCCGCGUCCAUGCAGAAGAUGAGCUCAUUGGGACUCCGUCCGAUGCUGGCAGUGCCCAUUGAAGAGGACCUGGGAGAAAGCACCGGGGAGCGACGUUAUGACGAUAACCUGGCCUCCAUGUUGGAGUGCGUGAGGAUAUCGCACAGCAACGCCUGGAGCAAAGAUCCCAUGAUGCAGCUGAAGAUCACCGCCCUCAUCCGUCCAGAGCUGUGUGUGAAGCUGACCUCUCUGAUGAAGGAGGAACACUAUGACCUGGACCUUCUGGUCAGAGCCAUGAAUGGAGAGCCAGUCAGCUUCCCUGGCCUGCUGGAGGAGGAGAACACACACUUCCUGCUUGGCCUGCACAGACUGGACCAGAUCGCACAGGCCAGCAUCCAUAAGGUGCGAGUCUUGGUGGAUGCUGAGUAUACCUACAUGAAUCCCGCCCUCUCGCUCAUCACCAUGGCGAUGAUGAAGAAGUUUAACCAGCAGAGCUCGUGGAUCUGGAACACUUAUCAGUGUUACCUGAAGGACUCCCUCUCUCUCCUGCUGGAGGCUAUCCGCCUCUCAAAGGACCACUGCUUUUGCCUGGGGGUCAAACUGGUCCGAGGGGCCUACAUGGACAAAGAGAGGAAACUGGCCAAUCAGGAGGGCCGCACAGACCCCAUCCACCAAUCAUGGGAGGAUACCAAUGAGAGCUAUAACGGCUCUUUGGACGUCAUGCUCAACCUCAUUUCCCAGAAUCCUGGGCGUUAUCAGAUCAUCGUGGCCACACACAACGAGAACUCCGUCAGACAUGCUGCCACACGCAUGGGUGCAUUGGGGAUUCAGAGAGACGAAGGUUCUGUGUGUUUCGGUCAGCUGAUGGGAAUGUGUGACCAUGUCUCUCUCACUCUGGCCCAGCAGGGGUUCUCUGUGUAUAAGUCGGUGCCGUACGGGUCCGUGGACGACACGCUGCCCUACCUGGUGCGGCGUGCCCAGGAGAACCGCACCGUCCUGCAAGGCAUCCGCAAGGAGAGAGACCUGCUCCGCCAAGAGCUGAAGAGGAGGAUGAGACAGAGAGUUCGUGGAGGAGGGUAGAGAGAGAGAGGGAGGAGAGAGAAGACAGAAGGAGGGAAAGAGAGGGAUAUAGGGAGAGUGAGAGAGAGGGACAGGGCAGAGAGAGAGGAGAGAGGAAAGAAUGAAUUUGCUGUCAUUAGUUUUCGGUACACGUGUAUAUAAUCAUGUAUUCCAUAUUUGCUCAUUUCCGUUUGGCACAUAUGGUAGUGUGUAUACUCAUAUUUAUAUAGCCUACUCAUAUGUGACCCUGCAAGGCGAAACCAGUCGUCUUGCGCACAGUGCUAUUUUGAGAAAAUCCACGAUAAACAAACAUACGGGUUAAAAUGUCGAAUUUCACGUUUUUGCAU